AUGUCUUCAUGCUUUCGUGUGCAACAUUUAUUCUCUGCAUCUAGGCUCGACACGGAAGAGAACCCAAUUCUCGAUAAGAGACUUCAAAAUGCUCCGGCUCAUUCUACACAAUUUGUACCACCACAACAACAAUUCGGAAUUGCAUUGUUGGGAGUUCAUGGAUCGGGACGAACAACACUCAUGUUUCAGUAUGCCUAUAGUUUGAUAAGAAAUGAUCCGACAAGUAGUGUCAUGAUUUUACUUCAUCGGAAUGCUUCUCCGCCACUUCCGAUAUUUGAUGAAGAUGAUCCACAGGUUACCGCAUGUUUGAAACGAAUUGAAGUGAAAUAUAUUGAUACAUAUAAUUUGUUAGUGGCUUUCUUGGCAAACAUUCAAUUAUUGCCGGACGAUAGCUUACCUAGGUUUAUAUUUGUAGAUAAUUUGUCAACAUUUUUUGUAGCUCAUCAAAAGGAAAAUCCAUAUCUGUCGAUUGUGGAUGUUGAGGAUGAUGAUGGAGAGGAAUUUAAUUUUGCCAUGAUGCCCGAGCAUAAUGCAAAUACAAAUCAAUUAUUGGGAUUCGGAGGACAAAAAUCAUCGAGUGCAGCAACAAAUACAUCUUAUUCGGUGACGGAGGCUCUUCACAUUCGAGUGUUUGCAUUAUUGCAAAAUACAUGCUACUUUCUUUCCAAGAAAUUUCCUCAAUCGUCUCCGAAUUUUAUGGUCACAGAUAUUGAUGAGACAUAUCCAUUCUAUGCACGAUGGUGCCCACUUGUAUUAACUCUGGGUCACUAUCGUAACGUGAAUCCAGUCGUAGGGACAGCCUCAACACAACAGCCUCAGCCGCCACAACAACAACACAACAACAAAUCUCACCAAUUCAUUCUUAAAGUGGCACUUAUUAACGAGAUGCAUGAUCCUUACCGAUUGAAAGCAGUGUAUGAGCUCUCAGAAACCGAAUGUAUUUUGAAAAAGUUAGAUUAUGCAGUGCCCAAGUUUGCAUGA